CCCGGGUGAGGUCCGCACUCCUGGCCCGGCUGGCGCAGGACCUCACUCCCCGGAGCGCGCGCGGGAGCGGGUCGCGGGGCAGCGGCGGCGGCGAGGAGCGCUCGGAGAGCGGAGGAGGCCGCGCAAGCCAGCGAGCCGAGCUGGGUCCCCGGCGCCCCGUGUGCUGAGUGGAGCCCCCGCCGCGGGCGCGCGCCGGCCGCCCCUUUCCCGACCCCCAAGAGCCCGCGCGAGGCCGCCUCCCUAUGACUUCCUGAGCCGGGGGUCCCCCCGCAUCUGCGCCCCGCGCCCUCGUGCGUCCCGUGCGCCCCCGCGCGCCCCCGUGCUCCCCGGCCCGCGCCCCGCCGGCAUGGACGUCCACACCCGCUGGAAAGCUCGCUGCCCCCAGCGCCUGGGCGUCCUGCCGCUGUCCCGGCUGUCGCUCCUGCUCCUCGUGCUGCUGUGGGCGCCGCUGCAGAGCCGCGCAGCUCAGCCAGCAGACCUCCUGAAGGUCCUGGACUUCCACACCUUGCCGGAUGGAGUAACGAAGACUGCCGGCUUUUGCACCACACGACGAUCCUCCAAGGGCCCGGAUGUCGCCUACCGAGUCACCAAAGACGCACAGCUCAGCGCGCCCACCAAGCAGCUGUACCCUGCGUCCGCGUUUCCCGAGGACUUCUCCAUCCUGACCACUGUGAAAGCCAAGAAAGGCAGCCAGGCCUUCCUGGUCUCCAUCUACAACGAGCAGGGCAUCCAGCAGGUCGGGCUGGAGAUGGGCCGCUCGCCCGUCUUCCUCUACGAGGACCACACGGGGAAGCCUGGGCCCGAGCAGUACCCGCUCUUCAGGGGCAUCAACCUGUCGGAUGGCAAGUGGCACAGAAUCGCUCUCAGUGUCCACAAGAAGAACGUCACCUUGAUCCUCGACUGCAAAAAGAAGACCACAAAGUUCCUUGACCGCAGCGACCACCCAAUCGUGGAUGUCAACGGCAUCAUCGUGUUCGGCACCCGGAUCCUGGAUGAAGAAGUAUUCGAGGGUGACAUCCAGCAGUUGCUUUUCGUCUCAGACCACCGGGCAGCUUACGAUUACUGUGAGCACUACAGUCCUGACUGUGACACCGCAGUCCCCGACACCCCCCAGUCUCAGGACCCCAACCCAGAUGAAUAUUACCCAGACGGAGAAGGCGAUGGCGAGACCUAUUACUACGAGUAUCCCUACUACGAGGACCCCGAUGACCCGGGCAAGGAGCCUGCCACCACCAGCAAGCCCGUGGAAGCUGCGAGAGAAACUUCGGAGAUUCCCGAGGACCCCACGCUACCCCCCACAGCAGCCCCUACAGCGCCUGAUUCAGUGCCUGACUCGGUGCCCGAGACCAGCGAGCGGGCUGGUGGGGAGGAAGAUUAUGAUUAUGUGCCCCCCGACGAGUACUACACCUCCCCGUACGAGGACCUCAACUACGGCGAGGGUGUGGAGAACCCGGAGCAGCCCACCGACCCCGACAUGCCAGCUGAGGUCCCCACAAGUGCCACAGCUGGCUCCAACAGCUCCAAUCCGGCUCCGUCCCCAGGGGAAGGGAUUGAUGACCUGGACAGCGAGUUCACGGAGGAAACCAUCAAGAACCUGGAGGAGAGCUACUACGACCCUUACUUCAACCCUGACUCUGACUCCAACGGCUCCCCGUCGGAGAUAGGGCCCGGCAUGCCUGCAAACCAGGACACCAUCUACGAAGGGAUUGGAGGGCCCCGGGGCGAGAAGGGUCAGAAGGGAGAGCCGGCCACCAUCGAGCCGGGCAUGCUCAUUGAGGGGCCGCCCGGCCCGGAAGGACCCGCCGGUCUUCCAGGACCUCCAGGAACCACAGGUCCCACUGGCCAAGCGGGCGACCCUGGAGAGAGGGGUCCACCUGGGCGCCCUGGCCUUCCUGGGGCCGAUGGCCUUCCUGGCCCACCUGGGACCAUGCUCAUGCUGCCGUUCCGCUUCGGAGGUGGUGGAGAUGCAGGCUCCAAAGGCCCCAUGGUGUCGGCCCAGGAGUCCCAGGCCCAGGCCAUCCUCCAGCAGGCCAGGCUGGCACUGAGGGGACCAGCCGGCCCGAUGGGGUUGACAGGGAGGCCCGGCCCCAUGGGCCCUCCUGGCAGCGGAGGUCUGAAGGGCGAGCCGGGCGACAUGGGGCCUCAGGGGCCCCGAGGUGUCCAAGGCCCUCCUGGCCCAUCAGGGAAGCCCGGAAGACGGGGCCGGGCUGGGAGUGAUGGAGCGAGAGGCAUGCCCGGACAAACAGGCCCCAAGGGUGACCGCGGCUUCGACGGCCUGGCUGGCUUGCCUGGCGAGAAGGGCCACAGGGGUGACCCUGGUCCUUCUGGCCCACCAGGACCCCCGGGAGAGGAUGGAGAAAGGGGUGAUGAUGGCGAAGUUGGACCCAGAGGGCUGCCCGGGGAGCCGGGGCCACGGGGUCUGCUUGGGCCGAAGGGGCCCCCAGGCCCUCCAGGACCCCCCGGUGUGACGGGUAUGGAUGGUCAGCCGGGCCCGAAGGGCAAUGUGGGCCCCCAAGGAGAGCCCGGCCCCCCAGGACAGCAGGGUAACCCUGGUGCCCAGGGUCUUCCAGGCCCCCAGGGUGCCAUCGGUCCUCCAGGAGAGAAGGGCCCUCUGGGUAAGCCAGGCCUCCCAGGAAUGCCUGGCGCUGACGGACCCCCGGGGCACCCUGGCAAGGAAGGCCCUCCAGGGGAGAAAGGAGGCCAGGGUCCACCUGGCCCCCAGGGCCCCCUAGGCUACCCAGGCCCUCGAGGAGUCAAGGGGGCGGACGGUAUCCGCGGGCUGAAGGGCACCAAGGGCGAGAAGGGUGAAGAUGGCUUCCCUGGGUUCAAAGGCGACAUGGGCAUCAAGGGCGAUCGGGGGGAGAUUGGCCCUCCUGGCCCCAGAGGUGAAGAUGGCCCUGAAGGCCCGAAGGGCCGUGGCGGUCCCAACGGAGAUCCGGGUCCCCUGGGCCCCCCUGGGGAGAAGGGCAAACUCGGAGUCCCAGGCUUGCCCGGGUACCCAGGAAGACAAGGGCCGAAGGGCUCCGUUGGAUUCCCGGGAUUCCCUGGCGCCAAUGGAGAGAAGGGUGGCCGGGGGACACCUGGAAAGCCCGGCCCACGGGGACAGCGAGGCCCAACGGGGCCAAGGGGUGAGAGAGGCCCACGGGGCAUCACGGGGAAGCCUGGUCCCAAGGGAAACUCUGGAGGUGAUGGCCCAGCUGGCCCUCCCGGUGAGCGGGGACCCAACGGACCCCAAGGACCCACGGGCUUCCCUGGACCAAAGGGUCCCCCAGGUCCCCCAGGCAAGGACGGGCUCCCUGGACACCCUGGACAGCGAGGCGAGACUGGCUUCCAAGGCAAGACCGGCCCCCCAGGACCCCCAGGUGUGGUUGGCCCUCAGGGUCCUACGGGAGAAACGGGCCCGAUGGGCGAGCGCGGCCACCCUGGGCCUCCCGGCCCUCCUGGUGAACAGGGGCUCCCAGGCGUUGCCGGCAAAGAAGGGACCAAGGGUGACCCAGGCCCAGUUGGCCUCCCUGGGAAGGACGGACCCCCAGGCUUACGUGGCUUCCCUGGGGACCGAGGGCUCCCUGGUCCGGUGGGAGCCCUUGGGCUGAAAGGUAACGAAGGCCCCCCCGGCCCCCCAGGCCCCGCGGGAUCUCCGGGGGAGAGAGGUCCUGCUGGUGCGGCUGGACCCAUCGGCAUCCCUGGGCGCCCUGGGCCGCAGGGACCACCAGGGCCGGCUGGAGAGAAAGGGGCUCCGGGCGAGAAAGGCCCACAAGGCCCGGCUGGCCGAGACGGGCUCCAGGGUCCUGUGGGGCUUCCAGGCCCUGCUGGCCCUGUGGGGCCCCCUGGUGAAGACGGAGAUAAGGGAGAGAUCGGGGAGCCCGGACAGAAAGGAAGCAAGGGGGACAAAGGCGAGCAGGGUCCCCCCGGGCCCACGGGUCCUCAAGGCCCCAUUGGACAGCCAGGCCCCUCCGGUGCAGACGGGGAGCCAGGCCCCCGUGGACAGCAGGGCCUCUUUGGACAGAAGGGAGACGAAGGCUCGAGAGGUUUCCCUGGGCCGCCAGGGCCCGUGGGGCUCCAGGGCCUGCCCGGACCUGCGGGUGAAAAGGGCGAGACAGGAGACGUGGGCCAGAUGGGCCCGCCCGGUCCCCCUGGCCCCCGAGGACCAUCCGGAGCUCCAGGUGCUGACGGGCCUCAAGGGCCUCCUGGUGGAAUUGGGAAUCCUGGCGCCGUGGGUGAGAAGGGGGAGCCCGGCGAAGCUGGCGAGCCUGGCCUUCCAGGAGAAGGGGGCCCUCUGGGACCUAAAGGAGAAAGAGGAGAGAAGGGAGAGGCCGGCCCCUCGGGAGCUGCCGGACCCCCUGGACCCAAAGGCCCUCCGGGAGAUGACGGCCCCAAAGGCAGUCCUGGCCCAGUAGGUUUUCCUGGUGAUCCUGGCCCCCCUGGAGAGCCCGGCCCUGCGGGUCAAGACGGUCCCCCUGGUGACAAAGGAGAUGAUGGUGAACCUGGACAGACGGGAUCUCCCGGCCCCACUGGAGAGCCUGGUCCAUCCGGACCACCGGGAAAGCGGGGCCCCCCAGGCCCCGCAGGCCCUGAAGGCAGACAAGGAGAGAAGGGAGCCAAGGGAGAAGCUGGCUUGGAAGGCCCUCCUGGGAAGACUGGCCCCAUUGGCCCGCAGGGGUCCCCAGGGAAGCCUGGCCCCGACGGCCUGCGCGGGAUCCCUGGCCCUGUGGGAGAACAGGGUCUCCCCGGAUCCCCAGGCCCGGAUGGACCACCCGGCCCCAUGGGUCCCCCAGGACUGCCCGGGCUCAAAGGAGAUUCUGGACCCAAAGGUGAAAAGGGACACCCUGGCCUGAUUGGGCUCAUUGGCCCACCUGGAGAGCAGGGAGAAAAGGGUGACCGAGGCCUGCCGGGGCCCCAGGGCUCGUCUGGCCCGAAAGGAGAACAGGGCAUCACUGGUCCUUCCGGCCCGCUCGGCCCCCCGGGACCCCCAGGCCUGCCGGGUCCGCCAGGUCCUAAAGGUGCUAAAGGCUCCUCGGGUCCCACCGGCCCGAAGGGUGAGGCAGGCCAGCCAGGAAUCCCCGGGCCCCCAGGCCCUCCGGGCGAGGUCAUCCAGCCCCUGCCGAUCCAGGCUUCUCGGACGCGGCGGAACAUCGAUGCCAGCCAGCUGCUGGAUGAUGCAGCAGGCGAGAACUACAUGGACUACGCUGAUGGCAUGGAGGAAAUCUUCGGCUCACUCAAUUCACUGAAGCUGGAGAUCGAGCAGAUGAAGCGGCCGCUGGGCACACAGCAAAACCCCGCGCGCACCUGCAAGGACCUGCAGCUCUGCCACCCCGACUUCCCUGAUGGUGAAUACUGGGUGGACCCCAACCAGGGCUGCUCCCGGGACUCCUUUAAAGUCUACUGCAACUUCACAGCGGGAGGGUCGACCUGCAUCUUCCCAGACAAGAAAUCGGAGGGGGCCAGGAUCACUUCUUGGCCCAAAGAAAACCCGGGUUCCUGGUUCAGUGAAUUCAAGCGUGGUAAACUGCUCUCCUACAUGGACGCAGAAGGCAACCCCGUGGGCGUGGUGCAGAUGGCCUUCCUGAGGCUGCUGAGUGCCUCCGCCCACCAGAACAUCACCUACCACUGCUACCAGUCAGUGGCCUGGCAGGACGCCGCCACGGGCAGCUACGACAAGGCCAUGCGCUUCCUGGGCUCCAACGACGAGGAGAUGUCCUACGACAACAGCCCCUACAUCCGCGCCCUGACGGACGGAUGCGCGACCAGGAAAGGCUACCAGAAGACGGUGCUGGAGAUAGACACCCCCAAAGUGGAGCAGGUGCCCAUCGUGGACAUCAUGUUCAACGACUUCGGCGACACGUCACAGAAAUUUGGAUUUGAAGUGGGGCAGGCUUGCUUCAUGGGCUAGGCGCGGCCCACAGCACCCUGGUCUCCCGAGCAACCUCGUGACCUCAGCACACCCUCUGUGAGUGUCCAUGCACGUGUCGUCACCCCAGACAGCGAAGGCUUCUCACGCCCCUCCCGCUCGAAUUCAUCUGCACCCGCGCCCUGGUACCACGCAGUGCCCGACCCCGAGCACCUGGAAAGCGGACAGGGAGAGAGCCGUGUCCCCACCGGAGCUGAAUCACAUGACCUAGCUGCGCCUUGCCUCUCGGGCCACACCCACGUUCCGUCUACACCGCGCGCCAAGGGGAGGGACCGGCCACCGCCCCGCCCACGCUGGCUUAUCCUCGGAUGGACCGCAUCGCGGACGGUUGGCAGGGGUGGGGGUGGGGUGGCAGUAUUUGGAUCUCUCUCAGUUUUAUUUUAAUUCAACUUGAAAAUGUGUAUUUCCCCUGACCGUCGAAAAACGAGCUGAGGCCAGCCUUGCACGAAGGUCGCCGAAGCCUGUUUUUAACAACCCUCAACACAAUCCAUGUAGAGGCCAAACGUCAUUCUGCAUAUGCCUUUCCGAUGGAUUAAAGGUGCUUAUGUUUUUGUGAGUUUUAAGUAAAUAUUUGUAUUGUAUUGUUAUAAAUGUUAAGUGUGCCUGCCUUUCAGUCGUGCGUGGAAACCCAGCCUCAGGCCUGCCGGGAGACCCGGAAGGUGGGGUGAAGCGCCCUGUCUGGGUCUGGUCUCAUUCUCGCAGCAGGUAGCAAGCUCCGCCCCACAAGAAUACAAACGCAUUGGAAAUUUGCCGGGGUCAGCCAGAAGCCGCGCUGCCAGGG